CAAUAGAAAAACAUUAAUACCGACCAGUCCUGAAUGAGGAAGUGCAAAGCUUCGUUUAGAGAGUGUAUUGAGUGGUUGUGUGUGGAGUCACACCCAGUUCACACACACACACACUCUCGUGUCUCCAUCAGCGCUGCGCCAGAGGCGCGUUCACUGCAUCUCUGUGGAGCGCGCACGCUAGAGAGGGACGCGCUGCUGCGGUUCGGAACAUCUUCACCGGCGUGAUUCAUGAUCAAGUGUUCAGGAGGAGCGGCGCUCGUCUCUCACCCUCAUCAUGACCUCGAUCUCGGAGUGGUACGCGGGGAAGAAUGUGCUGAUCACCGGAGCCACGGGCUUCAUGGGGAAGGUUCUGAUGGAGAAGCUGCUGCGCUCCUGUCCGGACGUCAAUGCCCUCUACAUCCUCGUCCGGCCCAAAGCGGGUCAGUCCAUGUCCGAGCGCGUCCAGGACAUGAUGAAGUGUAAGCUGUUCGACCGCGUGCGUGAAGAUAAUCCUGACUUUCAUCAGAAGAUCAUCCCCAUCAGCAGCGAGCUCACGCAGCCCGGCCUGGCCAUCAGUCCAGAGGAUGUACAAACACUCACUUCCUGUAUCAACAUCGUCUUCCACUGCGCCGCCACCAUCCGCUUCGACGAGCCCCUGAAGCAUGCGCUGCAGCUGAACGUCAUCGCCACGCAGCAGCUCCUCUCUCUGGCGCAGCAGAUGCAGCACCUGCAGGCCUUCAUCCACAUCUCCACCGCCUACGCCAACUGCAACCGCAGACACAUUGAUGAGGUCAUCUACCCUCUUCCGGUCGAGCCCAAGAAACUCAUCGACUCUCUGGAGUGGAUGGAUGACAGUAUCAUCCGUGACAUCACACCGCAUCUAAUUGGUGACCGGCCGAACACUUACACCUACACCAAAGCUCUGGCCGAGUGUGUGGUGCAGCAGGAGAGCGGCAAACUCAACAUCGGCAUCAUACGACCGUCCAUCGUGGGAGCCAGCUGGCAGGAGCCGUUCCCUGGUUGGAUAGACAACUUUAAUGGACCAAGUGGUGUUUUCAUUGCUGCUGGGAAGGGCAUCCUGCGCACCAUGAGGGCCAGUAAUGACGCGGUGGCCGAUCUGAUUCCUGUAGACGUGGUGAUAAACCUGACGCUGGCUGCCGGCUGGUACACCGCGGUGCACAGACCAAAAACUGCACUCGUGUACAACUGCACAACCGGAGGCAUUAACCCUUUCCACUGGGGAGAGAUUGAGCAUCAUGUGAUGUCCACAUUUAAGAGGAAUCCUCUGGAACAGGCUUUCCGUCGGCCAAACGCCAACAUCACCUCCAGUUACCUGAUCUACCAGUACUGGAUCCUCGUCAGUCACAAGUUCCCCGCGCUCAUCUAUGACCUGUUCCUCCGACUGUCCGGACAGAAACCCCAAAUGAUGCGUAUUUUCAACCGUCUGCACAAAGCUAUCGGUCUGCUGGAGUACUUCAGCAGUCAGGACUGGGAGUGGAACUCAGACAACAUGAACAUGCUGAUGAGUCAGCUGAGCGCCGACGACAGGAAGACCUUCAACUUUGAUGUUCGCCAGCUGAACUGGCCCGAGUACAUCGAGAAUUACUGUAUCGGCACCAAGAAGUACGUUCUGAACGAGGACAUGUCCGACAUUCCCGCCGCCAGACAGCACCUGAGGAAGCUGAGAAACAUCCGAUACACGUUCAACACGGUGCUGCUGGUCUUCAUCUGGCGCGUCUUCAUCGCUCGCUCUCAGAUGGCCAGGAACAUCUGGUACUUCGUCGUGAGUUUGUGCUUCAAGUUCCUGUCCUACUUCAGGGCUUCCAGCACUCUGACCCAAUGACCGGAGCAACAGGAAGUGUGUGUCCCCAUCCUCCAAGCACUUCCUCCUCCUGAGGUGUCUUCAGCCAUCCACACACACACACACACACACACACACACACACACACACACACACACACACACACACAGGUGUUUCUUUAGCUUUCUUCACCGGCCGCUCGCUCCACCUGACUCCUCCAUGUGCUGUUUUUAAAGGUGUCCUCUUUUAUAAUGACUUUUCCUUAAUACCGAUUAUAUAUGCAACCACAUUUUAAUGUUUCUCCUUUACAUUCUCAUCGCCAUCUAACAUCUGGAGACGUUGCCUUUAUGUCUUCUGAUGAUUUUAGCCUUCUCGACUACAGCCAGCAUCGGUUUGCUGUUUGCAGACAUUUCUCUCUCUCUGUGAGUGUGUUUGUGUCUUUAGAUGAUUCGUUUGUGUCCUGUCUGAUCUAAUACCAUGUAAUCCAGCCAGAAAACUCUCGUACCAUGUGCUACUAAAGCCUACAAGAAGUCUAGCAGUUUCACUGCGGUUUUGGUUGGUGUUUUGUCUUUUUUCCUGUUUUUUUUUUUUCUUUUUCAUUUGCUGCGUUCGGAGGGAAAGGCCAGUGAACUGCAACAGAUCUGAUGCAUUUAUAACAUCAUACAUUUGUUUUUCUAAGUCGUCGCUUGCUCAGCUAUACAUCCACCAGUUUAAGCAUGAACACCCAAAAUCAAAAGAAAAAAAAAGUCUAUUCAUAAAAAACAUCAAUAUUUUU